AUGAAGCUUGCUUACACUAUCUUCACACUACUUGCUAUAGCAUCGAAACUGCUGGGGAAACCUAUCUCCGAAGGCAGCUCUCAGCAAGACGUCCAUCCCGCCGCAACCCCAGAUAGCCCACUCCAGAAUAUCGACCCAAGCACCGGCGUUGACGAUGUGAUCGCCACCCUUCUGAAGAUCGGCGUCGAUCAUCCCGCUCCUUUAGUCCCAAACCCGGGCCAUCACCGACUCCCUCGACACAUUGAUUGCCCAGACGCUCCUUCUCAGCUAUUAGAGUCCUAUCGAGAGCACCGGGUGACUGCCAACACCGUCAUCUUGAAGCCGACCUAUACUCAUUUGCUGAAGGUGAUUUCGGAACAGUAUUGCAAGGAAAUACACGAGUGGGUAGGGCAGUUUCGCAUCAAAUUACUGGUCUCGACGGUAACCGCCAAUGCCAUCCUCGUGCUCCCGGAUGCGGUUUUAAGCGAGGCGGCGUGGGCGGUUCAGGAUCGCGAGUUUCCACCUGUUCAAGCGGCCUUUCAUGGGCCUUACAACUAG